UUAGUUCAGUCGCGUGUGUGCAUCGCUUCGAGUCGGUGGUCGGUGGACGGUGGUCGUUGCUCGGCGGCUUGUGGCUACAUAGCGCAUCUAUCAUGUGAUUAAAAUCGGUCCGGCAUCCGAGAAGACAACAUCUGUAUUCGCGCACGUAUCGGCAUCGCCAAGCUAUAGCUAUAGCCACACUGACUCACCGCGACCGCCGGACGGACAGUGGAAUCAACUGUUUUCGGGGGCGGUACGAUGGCGAUGAUGGCAGCGCUUGCCUCGCUCUUUCUGCUCGUCACGCUGGCCAGCUCAGCCCGUGCCAUUACCUGCUACGAAUGUGAUUCCGUCAAUAAUCCAGGGUGUGGGGAGCGAUUUGUGGGCGAUGACAUAUCCACGACGGAUUGCGAUGUGGUGGCGAACAUGCGAUCCCUGGGAGCGGAGGCCACUUGCCUCACCAAGUACCACGAGGGAAUGCCAGGAGACACGCGCUUCGUGAGGCGCUCCUGCUACUUUUUCGAUGCCUCCCCAACAGGCAUCAGUUGCGACGAUGGACCAGAUCCUGUGGUGCCCUUUAUGAACUUCCUGGGCUGCGCACUCUGCGAUACGGAUUUGUGCAACGCAGCCGCUGGAUUAUCCACAAUGCCCUUGGUCAUUGCCCUCUCGGUACUCGGACUGCUUGUCCUCCCGACUACCUAAGGAAGAGGAAUUCCGUGGAACGGCGGCGGUCGUAUUUCAAUGUUUCCUAUUAAAAGUAAUAUACUCCAGUAUUGUAUAAAA